GAAGAAAGCGAGAGGUUAGGGGGGCGGUUUCCAUCCCUACCGGACUCGCCCGGCAAAUUGCCGGGCCCCAGUGUGGAGCCGGGAAGAAGCCGCGACCCAGCUGGUAGGCGCCACGGAGGCCAGACGCGGCGCGAGCGAGGUUGGGGGCGUCGCGCCGGUUGUGCCGCGGGAGUGGCGGCCUCGGGGAGUGCGAGCGGGCGGCGCGGAGCGCAGUGUCCCAACCCGGCCUCACGGCGCUCCGGGUCGCUUCGGCUCCACAUCGCGGUCGACUUCGGCGUCCCCAGCGCCUUCGGGCCGAGAGCGUGUGUGGGCUGAGGUCUUUCCGUAGACAAUAGCAACAAAGCUCUUACCAUCAGAACUGCUUCUAUGCUUCUCUUGGGGGAGAACAAGAAAGAAGGGUCCUGGGAAAAACUUGCCUAAUCUCAUAGCUAGCCUUGGGAAAAGGAAGGAUGCUCCAGGAUGAAACGCCAUAGGCCUCUCAGCGGCAGUGACAGUUCAGAAGAGAGUCCUUCUACUUCCUUUACUUCUGCCUCAAUGUAUAGGAGCAAGUCAAAAAUUCCAAAUGAACACAAGAAAACUGCUGAGGUGUACCGGAAAGACCUCAUCAGUGCCAUGAAAAUUCCAAAUUCUCGGCACAUGAAUCCUGACAGCUAUUACCUCUUUGUGGAUACAUGGAAGGAAGAAUGGGAAAAGGGAGUCCAGGUACCAGCCAGUCCGGACUCUGUUCCACAGCCUUCCGUCAGGAUCGUAGCCGAGAAGGUAAAGGAGGUUCUGUUUACCCGGCCCCGGAAGUACAUCCGCUGCUCCAGCCCAGAGACUGCAGAGCUUGGCUAUGUCAACUUCCUGGAGCUGGCAGCAUCUGUGUGCCGCUACGACCUAGAUGACAUGGACAUAGUCUGGCUUCAGGAACUCAAUGAGGACCUCGCACAAAUGGGUUGUGAGCCAGUUGAUGAGAAUCUUAUGGAAAAGACAAUAGAAGUCCUGGAACGUCAUUGCCAUGAGAAUAUGAACCAUGCUAUUGAGACAGAGGAAGGGCUAGGCAUAGAAUAUGAUGAAGAUGUGAUCUGUGAUGUGUGCCGGUCUCCAGACAGUGAAGAAGGGAAUGAUAUGGUGUUCUGUGAUAAGUGUAACGUCUGUGUGCAUCAGGCCUGCUAUGGCAUCCUCAAGAUCCCAGAAGGCAGCUGGCUUUGUCGCUCCUGCGUCCUGGGUAUUCAUCCACAAUGCCUGUUAUGUCCAAAGAAAGGUGGAGCCAUGAAGACCACCAAGACAGGGACUAAAUGGGCUCAUGUCAGCUGUGCCCUGUGGAUUCCCGAGGUCAGCAUUGCUUGUCCUGAGAGGAUGGAACCGAUCACGAAUAUCUCCCAUAUCCCACCCAGUCGGUGGGCCUUAGUCUGCAGCCUGUGCAAGUUGAAGACAGGGGCUUGUAUUCAGUGCUCGGUGAAAAGCUGCAUCACUGCCUUCCAUGUCACCUGUGCCUUUGAGCACAGCCUAGAGAUGAAGACCGUCCUGGAUGAGGGGGAUGAAGUGAAGUUCAAGUCAUACUGCCUUAAGCAUAGCCAAAACAGGCAGAAACUUGGGGAGGCCGAGUACCCCCACCACAGGGCUGCAGAGCCAAGCCAGGCCAAAAGUGAGAAAACCGGCCUGCGUGCGCAGAAGCUUCGGGAGCUGGAGGAGGAAUUCUAUUCUUUCGUCCGAAUGGAAGAUGUGGCCACAGAGCUGGGGGUGCCCAUGCUACCUGUGGACUUUAUCUAUAACUACUGGAAACUGAAGCGGAAAAGUAACUUCAAUAAGCCAUUAUUUCCUCCAAAGCAAGAUGAAGAAAAUGGCCUUGUGCAGCCAAAAGAGGAAAGCGUUAACACUCGCAUGAGAAUGUUUAUGCACCUACGGCAGGACCUGGAGAGGGUCCGAAAUCUGUGCUACAUGAUAUGCAGGCGAGAGAAGCUGAAACUGUCACACAACAAAAUACAGGAACAGAUCUUCGAUUUGCAAGCCCAGCUUGUUAACCAAGAAAUUGAUGCAGGACUUCCUUUGACAAGUGUACCAGAAAACGCACUGUUUAACCCACAACCAAGAAUUACCUUUAAGUUAAAAACGCCCAGAUCAGCCCCAGAAGACUGCAGGAACAGCUCCACAGAGACUGAUCAGCGACCCCACUCUCCUGACAGCACCUCCUCUGUUCACAAUAUAAGGAGCAUGCAGGUGCCUCAGGAGUCACUAGAAAUGAGAGUGAAAUCGUAUUCGAGGCAUCCACUAGAGAGCAAGAACAACUGUUUGCUGGCCAGUCUCAGCCAUUCUAAGAGUGAAGCAAAGGAUUCCAGUCCUGCUUGGAGAAUUCCACCUUUGGAGUUCUAUCAUGGGCAUUCGCUGGAAAAGCCUCUGGCCCUUCAGGCUCCCUUCCAUGGACAGUCCUCCAUUGGGAAUGGGAAAAGUCAGCCUAAUUCCAAGUUUGCCAAAUCCAGUGGCCUGGAGGGAAGCUGGUCUGGGAGUGUCACCCAGAAAGACAGCCCUAGUGAGAUGUUCUGUGACCAGGAGCCCAUGCUCAGCUCCCACUUGGCUAGUCAGGGCAGCUUUAGAAAAUCUGCCAUGGAACACCUCAGCAGGUCCUUUCAAGAGGCCACCAAUAUGUGGGCAAGGAACACAGAGGACCAAUGCUGUGUGAAGUCACCCAAGAAUGUGAGCCCCAAGGAGCAGUUCUGGGGUAGGCAGCUUCUCAGGCAGUCUGCAGGGAGAGCAUCAUAUCAGGAAAAUGAUGGGUAUUGCCCAGAUUUGGAGCUAAGUGAUUCAGAAGCAGAAAGCGAUGGGAAUAAAGAAAAAGUCAGGCUAAGGAGAGACAGCUCAGAUAGGGAAAAUCCUCCCCAUGACUCUAGACGGGAUUGUCAUGGUAAAAGCAAGACACAUCCCCUUUCCGACAGUUCAAUGCAAAGGUGAUCAGAAACUCCCAAGGAUAACCCAACUUUUGCCUUUGCUCCAUGUAUUAGGGGAAACCCAUACACCAAAAGGAUUCUAGCAUAUGUUAGGAGGAAUUGCAGUGAAAAUUUUCCAUAAUAAAACGGCUUACUCCUUUUGAAAAUGUUUUGAGUCUAGUUUUUACAAGCACAUUACAGAAAUUACAGAUUGUCUGGAGGGUUGUUUGUCAGAGGCUGCUGGAGACAGCUGGACCCAGAGUAUUUGCUCAGUAAAUACUUUAAGGCAGCUUUCCAGUUAUAUUAACACAUUGAUGAGUAUAUGUAUUGAGCCCUUGUAUUGCUAGUGGAUUUGCAAGAGACCACAAUUAUCAGACACUAAAACUACUUACUUUUGAAGCUACAGCAUGUGACUCACAGAGCUCCUGUCUGUAGGACGUUUCUAACUCCCCUGGUAUCUGUAAACCCUCUUCAGGGGAGAGACCAGGAGACCACCAUCUCAGAUACUGUCAAACUCACUACCCUCUUCCUUUGCUUUGCACAAGGUUGAGUUCCUUUCACAGUAUCUUAGCUUACUGAGUGAAUGCUCCUAACACUUAUAAGUGUCCAGUGCCUGUUCCUAGACUUGCUUGUUGGGGACGCACUUGUAACUAUUUCACCCAGCUAACAAGCGUAAAAGGCUAACU